AACCAUCAACCAGCAACCAUCAACCACUCGUGGCUCAAAAAUCCACCUUGCAUACAGCCUUGUGUCUACAUCUUAUGCUGAAAAGUGACAAUCAUCCGGUCCGUUGCUAGAAGCAAGUAGAAAUGGCACCACGCAAGACGCCUGCAAAAGGCAAACCCAACGGGUCUAAGGGGAAAGCUCCAGCUUCAGCGCCAAAACCUCGCCGUUCAAAGCUCGCCAAAGAGAACGAGAUCACGGCCGAAGAAGAAACAGAAAUCAAGGAAGCGUGGAAUCUGUUUCGACUGGACGACGUGGACGGGUACGAAGAUGAGAAGGAAGGCGUUAUCCGGACGAGCGAGGUGAAGGACGCACUCAGAGCACAAGGCCUUGCUCCGAAGAGUCAAACAGAAAUGCAGGACUUCAUUGAAACUCUGGAUCCUGACUCAUCAGGCUACGUGACAUACCCACACUUUCUGGCUCUAUGUGCCAUUCAGAUGAAGUCGAAAACAGAUGAAGCCAAAGACGAAGAAGUUGAAACAGCAUUCAAUCUGUUCAGUCCCGGCCAGGGCCUUCCGAACCAAGAGCCAGUGAUUCGACUGCAGGAGCUACGGAAAGUGGCAAAGACGCUGAAAGAGGACCUCAGUGACGAUGUCUUGAAGGCUAUGAUAUUGGAGGCGAACGGAGGUCAAGGCGUAGGGAAAGGAGUGAACAUGGAAGACUUUAGAGCCGUAUUGACGAGGGCGGGUGUGUUCCAGUAGAACGCAUUGUUUGGGCGUGGAUUCGAGGUCUUCAAAAGGACAGUGUUUCCAUAGACUAGCAUGAGGACUUUACGAUGACUGUACAACAAAUGUUACCACAUGAUGUACUCGC